GCAGCUGUACCGGAUAUGUCCCAAAGCUCUAAACAGGAAAGGCUGUUCCCCCACCUAUGCUUGUAAGUGGGCAGUAAGUUUAUCCCUUCUUAAGUUACUAGAUGAAGACCUGAAAACAUGUCUCAAACACUGCCUCAGCAUGGAGCACAGCCGGGGGACCUGAUGGAGAUUUCCCGUGGGAUGUAUGAGGAAUGGGCUAUCUAUGUUGGUAAUGAUGAAGUUGUCCAUUUAAUUCUGAAAGGAGGAAAGCCAAUAGUGAAAUGUAGCAACAUCUGGAAAUUGGUCGGCUAUGAUCGUUUCAAAGUCAACAAUGUCCUGGAUGGAGAAUGCAAGCCUCGCAAACCUGAUGACAUUGUGAAGGAGGCCCGUCAGAUGGUGGGUAAGGAGUGGUCCUGCUCCUGGACUUCUCAAAUACCUGGGCACUUUGUCAAAGAGCUGCGAUACGGCAAUGCUGAGUCCGGAAAGCGUCAGCAUGGAGCAAAGCCAGGGGACCUGAUAGAGAUAGAACGUGGAGUGUUUCAGCACUGGGCUGUCUAUGUUGGUGGAGAUGAUGUUGUCCACUUCACCAAUCUAGGUUCUGGCAGUACUGAAGGUUCUGGCAUUUCUGGGGCUUCUGGAAACAUGUUGGAGCAAGUUGUUGGCCUGGGACAGGUGACACGAGACAACAUCUGGAAAGUGAUUGACUCCUCUUGUUUCAAGGUCAACAAUCUUCUGGAUAACGAAUGCAAGCCUCAUGACCCUAAGGUCAUUGUGAAGGAGGCCCUUGCUAAGGUUGGUCAGAAGCUGUCGUACUCCGUGGCUUCUUUCAACUGUGAGCACUUUGCAACAUUGCUGCGAUACGGCAUGCCAGAGUCCAGACAGGUAAAACAUGCAAGUGGUUCACUUUUUCCCAGUUUCUCCAGUUCUCGUCGAGUGUGGUGAUUGCUGCUGUUGCUGCUUCACUUGUUUGCCAUAUCGAACACACCAAGGCUGAGAGAAAAGCUUCACAGUAACAAUCAUAAUGUUGUACUCAUUCCUUCACAAACACAGGAAACAUGACACGAAAUAUUUACAGUAUUGCUGUCUAACUUCUGUGAUUUCUUACAUAUUUAAAACACAGAGUAAUGUUGAUCAGUUGCUUUGGUCAUGAAUAUGUCAUCAGAUUUUUCAAGUAAAGA